GCGCGGCCGCAGCCGGCCUCUUCUUCUCCAGCUAUUGGUGCUUCGGGCCGCUCGGCUCCACCCCAGCCCGCCAUGGCGUCAGCCGCCGCAACCCGGGGGAGGAGGUUCCCACUUUAAGAAGUGAAGUUUUCCUCCCCCUCCCCUCCUGCCCACCUCCUGCCGCCUCCCGCGCCCCGCGGGGCUGCGGAUGGAGCUCCACCGAGGCGGCGUGGGGAGCCAGGCUGCGGGCCGGAGGAUGGAUGGGGACUGCCGCGAUGGCGGCUGCGGCAGCAAGGACGCCGGGUCGGAGGACUACGAGAACCUACCGACCAGCGCCUCGGUGUCCACCCACAUGACAGCGGGAGCGAUGGCCGGGAUUCUGGAGCACUCCGUCAUGUACCCGUUGGACUCCGUGAAGACACGAAUGCAGAGUUUGAAUCCAGAUCCCAAAGCCCAGUAUCCAAGCAUCUAUGGCGCCUUCAAGAAGAUCAUACAAACAGAAGGCUUCUGGAGGCCCCUGAGGGGCCUGAACGUGAUGAUGAUGGGUGCAGGGCCCGCUCACGCCAUGUAUUUUGCCUGCUACGAAAACAUGAAAAGGACUUUAAAUGACGUUUUCAGCCAGCAAGGAAACAGCCACCUAGCUAAUGGGAUAGCUGGGAGUAUGGCCACCCUACUCCACGAUGCAGUAAUGAACCCAGCAGAAGUGGUGAAGCAACGUUUACAGAUGUACAACUCUCAGCACCAGUCAGCCCUCAGUUGUAUCCGGACGGUGUGGCGGACCGAGGGGUUGGGGGCCUUCUACAGGAGUUAUACCACACAGCUGACCAUGAACAUCCCCUUCCAGUCCAUCCACUUCAUCACCUACGAGUUUCUGCAGGAGCAGGUCAACCCCCUCCGAAACUACAACCCACAGUCUCACAUCAUCUCAGGAGGCCUGGCCGGUGCGCUGGCUGCAGCUGCGACCACCCCGCUGGACGUCUGCAAGACCCUCCUCAACACGCAGGAGAACAUGGCGCUCUCCCUGGCCAACGUCAGUGGCCGGUUGUCGGGCAUGGCCAAUGCCUUCAGGAUGGUAUACCAGCUCAACGGCCUUGCCGGCUACUUCAAAGGUAUCUAUGCUCGGGUCAUCUACCAGAUGCCUUCGACCGCCAUCUCCUGGUCCGUCUAUGAGUUCUUCAAGUAUUUCCUUACGAAGCGGCAGCUGGAGAAUCGAACUCUGUACUAAAGGAACGGGCAGUGGGAAGUGGUUCCAGCAUCUUUUGUUCCUGCCUCAGCCCCUUGUCCUCACCCCCAGGCCCUGUCCUACAGGGUGCUGGCGCCGGGGCCCUUCGUACCCUGGUGCCCUAGAAAGGGAAGACCAGCCUCCACGGCUCAGAAGGCUGUCUGUGGGGACAUCCCAGGUGGGGGUAGGUGGGAAAAACUUGGGAAGGGGAGCGAGAAGUUGCUUUUUCUCCUCCUCCCUUGAGAGGAAUGUAGCUUUCCUGCAUCACUGUGGCCUUCUCCUCCCGAGAUCUUUAGAUCUCACCGCCGAGGAGAACAGUGACAAAGCAAGAGUUUACGUACAUAAAAGUACCAUUACCCAGUCUACAA